AUGGUGGUUAAAGUCUGUAUAGGUGGUUGGUUGUUGACCAACAACGCAUGGGACAGGCAUUGUUUGAGCCCUUUUUCCAAGAAAGACUGGUUACAACGAAACAUCCUUCACUGCACACUUUCUAUCUGUCUCUCUUAUCGGCUGCGUGCUAUCGGAGAGAGAACAACGGGAGGUUCAGUCAAAAACAUUUACCGCGCAAUUCAUUCAGAAUCUCUUUUUCUUUAUAUACGCAAUUUCGAUAAGAGUCUAGCCAACUCGUCGAAGGAGCUAAGCUACCUCUAUCUUUGUAUGUACUGGUAUCUUCACACCUAA